AUGUCGAAUACUGUCGAUAUGUAUGACACGUGGAAGAAGACGGCAAAGGAUAGAUAUAAAGAUAUGAUGAAUGGUGCUCGUGAGAAAGCAAAACGUUCAAGUCAAUCUGAUAAUCCUGCCGAUUGGAAAGGACAUGGCCCACAUUGGAUAAGGGCAAAGCACUGGGAUAGUUUAGUAAACUAUUGGAGUACCGAAAAGUGGAAAAGUAAUGCAAAGAUUGCACGUGAGAAUCGCCUUUCACAAGGACAGGAUGGUGAAAUGAAGAAGCAUACUGCGGGCUCAGUUUCCUUUGUGACUAUGAAGAAGCGAUUGGAGAAGGAUAUGGGUCGUCCAAUGUCUCAAUUAGAGUUUUUUAGUCAUGUCCAUAAGAAGAAUCAUGGACUUGGCGAUUUUGUUGAUAAAAAAUCCAAGCGAGUUCAUGAUACUUAUAAGGCCUCAAUCGAGUCUAAGUAUGGUACCGUUAGAGAAGAUCAGCCUGAGUUUGAUCUCGACUCAUGGAUGGAUGCUAUCAACGGUCCAUCUAAGGGUCGUGUUUAUGGGUUUGGUCCUCGACAACCCGCUUCGCAUGUUCUUGGCAUGCCCACUUCACCUAGACGUUCAAUACUUGCACGUGAUGAAGAGGUGGAUAAUUUAAAGUUGGAAUUAGCUAGUGCACGAAAUACAAUAGAAGAAAACAACGAAAGAAUUGAUGAUCUCACUCAACGUCUGGAAAGAGUAGAAAGAAAUCAUAAGGUUGAGAUGCAAGAAACAGUGCGAAGUAUGCUUAGGGAACUAAACAUUCCAAACUUUCAAUUUCCUUCUAGCUCGGGGUCACGAAAUGAUGAUGUGUAA